CUUGAUAACAAAAAACAAGUGAUUACAAGCGUUAACUGCAAUAAAUAACAGACUUUUUACUCAAAUUUUGCACAAUUUUUACCUUUCGCUUUCAUUUCACGGUUUAAUUUUUUGUGCGCCUAUUAUCGGUGUUUGGCCGUAGUUUUGAUCACACUUUCAAUCAAAUCCGCCGUAAAUGCAAAUCCGGACAACAAUUAUAAGCCGUUUGUAUUAAACACUGGUUUUCGGUGCGAAACCAAUCAAACCCGAAGUCAAAUGAGACCCGAUUUAAGUGUCCAACUAAUCACGUGGAAUGUGAAGUCAGAGCAAUGCAAAUGUGAUUUAACGCAACUCUUGGACAUCGAUGUCGACGACCCGAGUGUCGGCCACACCAGCGCUGGUCAACAGCCGUUGGCCGACGUGUACGCCAUCGGCCUUCAAGAGGUGGCCUUCCGGCCGACGUCACUGGUGUUCACCGACCCGUGGGUCACAGCGUUGGACAAACUGUUCCGCCAAUUGGAUUACGUGCGGCUCAAACAGAUCCGAUUGGUCGGCAUUUUGCUGGUGGUCUACACCCGACGGCAACUGUUGCCACGCUUUCGCUCUGUCGAG